AUGUCUGAUCACGGGGAAGUCGAGGUCGAAAACCCCGUCGGAGCUUUCCAGGUGCUCCCCAAGGAGGCUAUCGCGGAGAUGGGAUCCGUGAAGCUCUUCAACAAGUGGAGCUACGAGGAUGUUGAGAUCAGGGAUAUCUCCUUGACCGACUACAUCCAGAUCCGCUCCCCUGUCUACCUUCCUCACUCCGCUGGUCGUUAUGCCGCCAAGCGUUUCCGCAAGGCUCAGUGCCCCAUCAUUGAGCGCCUGACCAACUCCCUCAUGAUGAACGGCCGCAACAGUGGCAAGAAGCUCAUGGCCGUCCGCAUUGUUGCCCACGCUUUCGAGAUUAUCCACAUCAUGACCGACCAGAAUCCCCUCCAGGUCGCCGUCGAUGCCAUCGUCAACUGCGGUCCCCGUGAAGACAGCACCCGUAUCGGUUCCGCCGGUACCGUCCGUCGCCAGGCCGUUGAUGUGUCCCCUCUUCGCCGUGUCAACCAGUCCAUUGCCCUCUUGACCAUCGGUGCCCGUGAGGCUGCUUUCCGUAACAUCAAGAGUAUUGCUGAGUGCUUGGCUGAAGAGCUGAUCAACGCUGCCAAGGGCAGCUCGAACUCGUAUGCCAUCAAGAAGAAGGACGAGCUCGAGCGUGUUGCCAAGAGCAACCGGUAA